AUGGGCGCAGGCGCAGACACAGGCGCAAGCGCAAGCUUGGGCCGCGUACGCGUAUGCGUGCCCACAUGCGCGCGCGUUCUAGAUACAGACCUCCGAGCCUCCCUCGCCUCAUCCUCAAUCAGCGGCGCCGUCGACGCGCACGUUAUUGGCAAUGUCGAUGUCAAUGCCAAUGGCGAAGGCGCAGGCGACGACGCCCAAGCCGAAAGCAAAGGCAAAGUCGAAGGCGAAGGUGAAGGUGAUGGCGAGAGCGACGACGCCCAAGCCAAAGGCGGCGUCCAAAGCGAAGGCGAAGGCGAAGGUGAAAUCGCCAACCUCGAGGGUUUCAAUCCGGUGCCAGUCGAUCCAACCUCGAUCGGCGGCAAAGGCAGCGGCUUCUCACCUAGAACUCCCAGUCUACCACCUGCACGGGCACGGGAACCUGCGCCCACCCGCUGGGUGUCCGCAUCAGUGUCCCACAUCACCUUCGCCUCCUCUUCCACGAACGACUCGCGCAGACCGAGCAUGAUGCGGGACGUCGCGAUAGAGCAAGGGGCAACCAUCAGCCUAUGUGUACGCGUGCGGCGCGGCGUGUGUGCGUGGUUUGCGUAUGCGCGUGUUUGCGUGUUUGCGUAUAUUGCGCGUGCGUCAUGGUACGGUACGAUUACGAUAUAG